AUGGCACCACAAACGGCAAGUGCCAGACGUUUAACCAGUGAAAAUUGCAGAACAAAGGACGUAGAACAGGUGGCGAUAUUUAGUGAAGUAGCCAUGCGACACAACGUUGGUGUUUUGGAGUAUUCAAGGACAUGUCAGGCAGCUGCAUCAGGAAUGGCCAGCGGUAUUCUUGGAUUAACUGGAGUAUCUGGAUUUAUUUUUUACUUCGUUUUUGUUGUUUUGCAGGCCUUGUUUUGGGAGAUGAAAGCGAAUUUUGAGUGGCAGAAUUACUUCACGAGUCGAAGUUUAUCAUUGACACAUUCGUUAAUAUCUGGUUUAUUUACCUAUAUCUUAUUCUGGGUGUUUUUAUAUGGUAUGGUUCACGUUUACUAA